CACUCUGCGAACCGCUGACAUCAACAAAUCGUCGACGCGCCAGUGAAGAUUACAUACAAUUUAAAAAUCUACAUUUAAUUUAAGUACAUAUGUGUAGCACCCAAAUAGAGUCGCCUUUCCUUCAUAUUUGUCCGUUUAGCCAAGUAUGAAACAAAAGUGACAACAGAAUGAAGUGCUUGAGAACAGAGGAGUAUGUCCAACAGCUGUCUUGUGUGAAGGACACUGUAGUUCUUCACGACGAACUCAAGAAACAUGUGGAUGAUGGCCUUGGUCUAUAUGGUCGCACAGUCUGUGAUCGUAUCAUCCGAGCAUGCAACCAGCGGCUGGGCAGUGGCACGCUGGACUCCGCUCAUCAGGAGCGACUAGUGGACUUGGUGGAACUGGCCGUCCGGGGGUUUGAAUUGCUAGAAGAGCCUGGAAUGCAGAGCAACCCAUUUUAUCUGGAGAAAAUUGUGUUCCAUAUCCUACAGAAAGUCGCCACCCUUGGAGCUCAUGGCCCUGCUUGUCGACUGGGACGACUCAUGUACAGAAGGCUGAAGCAAUUGUCUGCUGAGAUGGAUGACUACCACGUUUUGGUGCGAAACUGCUUCGCAGUGCUGUGGAACGGUCUCCUGUCUAACAGUGCACAUGGCCCAGCCCUCACUUCAAGAGACAAACUCCACUGUCAGCUACAAGCUUUGACUUUCAGACUCUUGGAGCAGGAGUCCAGCUCAGCCUCUUCCCCAUCCAAAGUCCCUUUGUUUGUGCAUGAGGCGAUUGGAGAGUAUGAACGAUCAUGUGGGAGUCUGACUCAAGACGAUGUGAGUUUUUUGACCUCUGAAUUACAAGAACUGAUCCUCAGCCCUUUAAUCAACCCAUCUGAAGGGCGAGACUCUGCAUUGAUGUGUCCCUCUCUGCCUGUAAGGUGUGAGGUGGUGUUAAAGGUGUGUAAACUGCUUUGUAAGAGUCAGUUUUCAGCAGAGGCUCAUGGGCUGUUGCAUAAAGUUCUGGAGGGGGUCAAGGAUCAUGGUGGGCUGCGCUCAGCUCUGAGUCUUGUCGAUCGGGCAGUGCAGCUGCAGUGUGCGUUAGGCUCUGGAGGAGAAUGUAGUAAGUCUUUCACAGAAUGUGCACGCAUCCUCAGGGGCCUGUCCACUGCCAUGUCUGCCCCAGAGUGUCAUGCCCUUUUGGAGGCAUGUCAUCUGGUGAUUUGGGCAUUGGAGGCUGGCCAGAGUAAAGGGAUGAGCAUAGCUACUUUGCUGACUUGUUUUUCUUUCUUGGAGGAAUAUCAGGAACUUCUGCUUACAUGGCAAAAGGGCUCAUAUUCACAGCAGAUGCAGUACUCCCUUUGUUUCAGUUUUUACCAAGGCUUUAUUAGCACAUAUGAAAGUCUCCACACAUCACAGGUGUCUACAGGUGAGACUCUGGACAGAGUGCUUUUGUAUUGCCAAGCGACAGCAGGACGCAUGCUGACGGAACUGCGGACACUCAACAAUGACAAUUUCUUACUAAAAUCAGUGUGUGCGGUGAAUAAUGUGGUAUACGAGCUGUUUAACAGGAAGUUGUAUGACAGAGCAUUUAGUUUGGCUGCGAUUGUGUGCCAAGAGCUGUGUAAGGACUGCCCACCCUCUCUACCUGUGGACAGGGUGAAUCGCUGCUUCAUGCUGGUGGUGCAGUGUAGUAGGCGUGGGGGUCAGCUGGAUUGUGCUCUAGACUGGGUUGUGCGCUGGAUUCUGGUUUUAGGCACUCAGGUUUUGGAUCAUCUUGCAGAACCUGUGUCACUGUGGGUCAAAACCAAGUGUGACGCAGCCCGAGCAGGAGAGGACGACACACGCCUGCGGACUCUGAGGGAUGGUUUGGGUGAAAUAUCGGUAGAUGAGGAGGUGCUGAUAUGUUUGUUAGAGCAAGAGUUACGAGUUUAUAAGGAGCAGACAGGAGACACAGCACAGGAGCGCUACAACACACUCUGUGAUCUCCUAGAUAUCUGCCAUGAAGAUUCCCCACACACUCUGAGACGGGCUACUUACCUGUGUGAGAUGGCACAGGUUGUGUGCUACCAGGACUUCAGACAACAGACUGACUGUUCAGCGGUUGACUUUACCCAUGAGGCAUUGAGGUUGUUGGCGGCAGAGCCAAAGACAGCAGAGAAUACUGAUAGGCUAAAAGAUGAGAAGGCACAGGCCUUCCUUUGGCUCUACAUCUGCACUCUUGAGUCCAAUCUGCAAGAGGCUGUGGACACAGAGAAGCGAUUGCGUGCGGUGCAGGAGGAGAGUAAAACAGAGGCGAAUAUGGAUCCUGUUCCCACUAAUGAUCUGGAGUAUGAAGACAAACAGAAAUCACAAGAGAGCCAGCUUGUCUAUGAAGGACUUCGCUUCAAUCUACUGGCCCAUAGCAAGCUGAGUGAGCCUUUAGAUAGGUGCUUGUUUCUGUGGAGGAGUCUACUGAGGGGGUCUGUGCCUGCAGUAAAAGACCCCAAACUCACAGCAUCUUCCAUCACACUGAUGGGUGCCCUCUAUACACUUAUGGGCAAGCACCUGCAAGCUCUGGAGGGAUAUCAGCUCGCUGCUGCCCUAUUCCGCAGCCUUGGCGAUGCCCAGAACAGUGCUAGUGCCCUUUGCCACUCUGCCAGGAUCCUACUGUAUUUGGGCUCCCCUCAACUUGCACAGGCAGAGUUAGAAAAAGCAGAACAGAGUUUGACCUCUGACCCAAGCUCAGAGGCAAUGUCUGUUAUCUCCAUGACGGCUAUGCUGCAGAGAGCACAGAUCUGCUUCACUUUAGGACAGGUGGAGCAAGGCGUAUGCUGCAUGACAGAGGUGAUAAAGCAGUCUGGUCAACAUCAUUCUAAGAGCUGGUACCUGCUCAGGGCACGAGCACUGCAGACAGCCAGUGAAUAUUUGAGUCUGGACACACAGGCUUUGGACUCUCUGCAACGUCAGAGCAUCAUUCAACAUGGUCUGAAGACUCCAGAUACAGCUCAAUAUGAAGGGUUGAAGCUAUUGUGCAGCCUGGUGAUGAUGUUGUUGGGCAAUGGGUUUUAUGGUGCCCCUGGACCAAACUCCGACACUCGCUUUGUAGAUCAAGGAGACAGUGUUGUGUUUAAGUGGCUGUUGCUGAGUGAGGUGCUGGUGUGUUCUGAGAGGAUGGUGACCAUUAGGAGCAGCAGUGGGGCUGUUCAUGAAGCUAAAGCUCAGUGUUUGGAGGCUCUCAAACUGGCCACCAAACUGCAGACCCUCAGCCACUGUGCUGAGUUGUUGGUGUUGAAAGCAGAACUGGAGUUGAUGAAGGGAGCAACUGAAGCCAGUGGUUUAGACCUGGAGCAAGUUAGAAACUUACUGGAUCUGUGCACAGAUUUUGGCCAGACACAACAUAAGUGCGACGUGAAAAUAAAACCUCGCAAAGGACGUCCAGCUGCCCCUUCUUCCUCUGUUGAUGUCCCUGAGGAAGAGGAGGACCUGAGUGGAAUCCUCAGCUCUCGUGCCUUUCUCAAGGAGCCUGUGGAGGCCAUGUCUAGAUUAGGAAGCCAAGGAGCAUCUCCCCCUUUAAAGCCCAAACGCCAGUGUGGGCUUUCCUGCCUGACCCAUGCAGAGACCUGCUCCUGUUCCUGCUGCAGCGAGCUCAGCUUGGCUCGAGUCAGUGUCCACUGGGCGCUGAUACAGGCAGAUCUCCAGUCAGACCAAGACUUAUCCCGCCGACUACGCCACUCUGCCAGGAAACGUUGCCGUGGUGUCAUAGCUAAGCUCCAAAGCAAUUUGGCAGUUCUUGUAUCUUCUAAAAAGUCAGUUGGGCUGACGCUGCUGCAAGCAGAACUCGGCAGAAUGCAUUUGGGCACUGUGCUUCAGCUUCUCAGAUCUGGAGACAAAGGGAAAGCUGCAGCACUGUGGGAGGAGAUAGAAGCAGGAUUGGAGGCAGUGAAGCCAAAAGGGGCAAUGACGCCAGAGCUUGGACCCAUUAGAGCUGCUCUGCUGGAGGCUAAAGCUGUAGCCUGCCUCUUGGCACUGGCCAUGAAAAAACAGAGCACACCUGAAGAACUAUUCUCCAGUGUCUGGGGCUGGAACCCACCGAAGACCAUACCACAAAUAAAAACUAAAACACAACCUGACAGCGUCCCAUCCGAAAGCAGGAAAACCAAAGAGUCCUCUUUAGUUUCUAAGAAAGCAAAAGACUCUGGGCCCAAAAUUACCAUCACAAAAUCCUCAAUGGUUUUCAAAACACCCAAACCAACGAGGACUUCGCGGCCCAAAUCAGUCUCCACUAGCAUUGGUGACAUAAGAGCAUUUGACUUCACCAAUGAGGUUCCUGAGAUUUCUGUCUUUACACCCUCGCUAACACCUGCCAGCCGUCGUGGGAUCAUAAAGUCAAAAGCUGCCCCAAAGGGGUCAUUUGAGGUCUACAAAGAUUCUUCUCCUGCAGAAGAGAAACCUGUGGUUGUGCCUGCUGCACCUAAACGGACCAAGCGCUCUCGUUUCAAGGUCGAGUUCAGUGAUGAGAGUGACACUGAAAGCGCACCUCCUGCUGUAGCAAAGUCUGAGAAAAAGGGAAAUGCUUCCAAUUCUAAAACCUCUCGCACCCUAAAGCCAGCUCUGAACUCCAACCCUAGUGAUGCCAAAGUUCCUGUAAACCCCACUGUGGAACCAGAUCCUCCCAGAAGGGCCCGGACCAGUAAGAAAAGCACAGCCCUGCCCUCCACCAGCUGUCUCUCCUCCGAGGAAGAAACUGGUUUAUCCUCUGCACGCACACGCAGGGGGCGGCCAAAGAAGAGUCAGAGUUCAGAGGUCACAGAGGAACCAGAGAGGAUGAGGAUGAUUAAAGAGGAUGAAGAUGAGGUUCUUUUGAAUAUCAGCCUGGAGGAGCUCAGAGGUUCUGAUACGGAAAUGAAAGACACAGGCAGCCCAGAUGCAGAUUGUGAGGUCCUGAGGAGAGAUCUGGGUGCAGAUGUUGGACGGGAGUGUUUCAGUGAGCUCAGGAGGACUGGACCAAAUGGUGCUGGAGCUCACACAUCCCUACCACACGCUCAUACACCUCUAGCUGACCUGUCAGUAGAGGCGAUCCAGUCGCACCUUCGUUCCUCAUGGCUCCUCCUCCACCACUACCCGCCUCCCUGCAUUUAUCCCCAUGUCUGCUCAGUGCUUGCUCAGUCACUCGGCCAGACUGAUCCCACCACCACAGCAAUGCUGCAUGCGCAGUCACUUGGGGUGUCCACUCGCCACCAUAUGACCCGUCAUGUUGUUAGCCAGUUCAGGAAGCUGAAGAAAUCUUGUAAUGAUGUAGCAGAGGGUCUUGGUGCUCUGAGUCUGGAGGAAUCAUAUGGGGUGACAAAGUCACAGAAACUCUCUGCGCUAGAGCAGAUCUUUUCCUUCACCUCAUCACACCCAACAAAGUUCCCACAAACACACACCGAGCAGUUCACUCAGCAGCUGAAAGAUCUGCCAGCAGGAAUAACAGUGUGCAUGCUCUCGCUCACGGGGGUGUAUCCUGAUGAGAUUGGCAGCACUAUUCUUCUGACCCGACUGGAGCGAGACUGCACCCCGAUUACUAUGAGAAUCCCUACCGCAGACAGAGAGCACUCAGUUGCCAUGCUGCUGGAAGAGAUGGAUGGAGUGUUGAAAGGGCAGAAGGAGGUGAGCGCGGUGGCAGAGAAAUCACAGUGGUGGGAGGGACGGAAGGAUUUGGACGCCCGCGUGGAGAAAUUGCUCGAGAAGAUGCAGGAUGCUUUGGGGGUGUGGCGAACUUUACUCCUCCCUUUGACCUCUGACCCUGAGCUGGAAGUUCAAGUUAAGUGCUUUCAACAAGCACUGAAAGGAACAAAGAUCACACAAGACAUGCUCAUGGUGGUACUCUCUGCAUCUCCACUUUUGUCCUUGCUGGACCUGCAGUCUCUUGUGGAGGGGACAGGUUUGCAGGACAGGGACUUCCUGAGGCUUCUGCAGGGGUGUGUGACUGAACUGAGAGGGAGGGAGGAACCACAAGGACAUACGGUUCUGAUCUUGGACAAGUACCUGCAGAGGUUGCCAUGGGAGAACAUUGCUUGUCUGAAAUCACGUUCUGUCACUCGCAUGCCCUCUUUACAUGCAGUACUAGGACACAGUCAUCUGAAACAGAUGGAUUCUAGCUGUGUGUUGUCUUGUGGAGUGAACCCUAAGCAAGUUUACUAUGUGCUGAACCCAGAUGGAAACUUGCCUGACACUGAGAAGCGGUUUCAAGAAUGGUUCACUGGUGAGCGGGCAUGGCAGGGGGUUUGUGGAACUGCUCCUGAUCAAGAUAAACUACAAGAGGCUGUGACCACCAAAGACCUCUAUAUUUACAUAGGACAUGGUGCAGGAGCCCGAUUUCUGGAUGCUCAGAUGGUUUUGAAAGGGUCUUUGCGGGCCGUGGCUCUCUUGUUCGGCUGCAGCAGUGCUGCUCUCAGUGUACUUGGCCACCAGGAGGGAACAGGGAUCAUCCUUAGCUAUCUGACCGCAGGAUGCCCACUAGUGCUUGGUAACCUGUGGGAUGUGACGGAUCGUGAUUUGGAUCGCUUCACGUCAGCUCUGCUCCAGUCCUGGCUCUCUGCUGGCCCUGGCUCCUCCCUGCUUCAGCAUUUAGCCCAGUCACGUAACGCUACACAUCUCAAACAUAUAAUUGGUGCUGCGCCGAUUGCUUAUGGCUUGCCUGUGUAUAUUUGCUAGCCUAGAUUUUUAAAUUCGAACUUUAUUCACAGCUAAUUUACCAGAUUUUAUUGUAUAAAUGCACCAAUUUGUUUCUUAUUUAAGGUUUAAUAUAAGGCCAUCAGAAAGUUUGUUUCCAACACAGAGAUUAAGCUUUAUGAAAAUGAAUUUCAUUGGAGGAACAACAAUGACAGUGUGUUAAAUCUAAGACUGCUGUUUUAAAUGUUAAGCCAUGUUAGCUAUUGCUGAUUUAGUUUGCUCAUACUUAGGAGACAUUUUACAUCUAAAUUAUUUUAAGCCACAUUUGUUUUUGGUGUGUAAAUUCUUAUACAUUGUGUGUAACAUUUUUAUUUCCUGUUUCAAUUAGUAUCAAAUGCCAAACUGCUUUAAAAUAAAAUGAUUUUAUAACAUA